CGUCUAUAAAUCGAAUCAUUCAGAAGCUUCAUCUGCACAAACUGCUUCUCUGCAGACACUGAGACGUCACUUCUACCGCUUCUAUUGACCACCGACAAUGAGCAGAAACACACUGUUCACCAACCAGGAGCUGCAUAAGGGCGAGUCUCUGAUUUCUACUGAUGGAAACCACAAAGCCAUCUUCCAGGAUGAUGGGAACUUUGUGGUUUACAGCUGGAAACCAGUUUGGGCUUCAGACACUUGUGGCAAACCAGGAACUCGCCUCAUAAUGCAGGAGGACGGAAACCUGGUCUUGUACACCGAUGAGAGCAAAGCCUUAUGGGCCAGUGACAGCUGGCAGAAGAGUGGCACCAAGGACAACCGUCUGUCCAUCAACAACGACGGCAGCCUGGUCAUCCAGAGAGGAGUCACAGUGCUCUGGACCACUAACGAAUAAAAUCCUGCCGUACGCUCAUCCACCGACAGUCGUAUGCAAAAGUUUCAACACUUCAAAUGAGACGUCUUGUUGAUUUUCUAAGGGAAAAAACAUCAAAGAAAACAUGAAAAUAUGAAAUAUGAUAUGUUUUUUAAUUCACCACUGACAGUAAAUGGUUAAAUGAUUAAAUGUGCAGAAGUGUGUUCGCUGUGGAGAACAUGGUCAAAUUCGACAGCGUGUAAUUCGACCACGGGUGCUGAAACUUCUGCACAUGACUGUAUGUAGCCGUGUGUGGGUGAAAUAAAGAAAUGACGCUGAAAUGAUAAA